ACGUCUGGGGGUCCGGUGUCAACGCUUAGCCAACCUCAAGUUUUUCGUGAUUUUCUUCUGAAAAACAGCCGCUGACUGCGUUUUUUGAGCUUGAAUAUGAAUUCUAAGAUGACAUAUCUUCUAGCCUCGUCUUGAAUGAAGCAUUUAUUGGGUCACUGAGUUAUUAUUUGAGCUCGUUGUUUGGAAGCUAGUCCUGUUAGUGAGGGUAUAGCAGCACAAAGUUGUCGAGCACCGUUGCCAUUUAACACAAUGUCUGACAGACAGCAGUGCUCGUGUUGCUCCCAUCCAGUCUCCUCUCCCAGCGUUUGCCAGACGCUGAAUGAAAUGGACUUUGAACGAGGUAUCUGGUCUGCUGCAAUGGAUGGAGACUUGGAGAGAGUAAAAUCCUUGGUCCAGAAGGGGACAGACGUUAACCUCAGAGAUUCAGCAGGAUACACAGCUCUUCACUAUGGCAGUCGCAGUGGUCAUCUUGCUGUAUGCAGAUUUCUUCUUGAGAAUGGUGCCUGUGCAUCUCCACAGACACCAGGAGGUGCCACACCCCUCCACCGAUCAGCUUACUGCGGUCAUCUGGACGUAGUUCGACUCCUUCUGCAGCACAGAGCUGAUCCAGCGCUGUGUGACGACGACGGUGCAUCCCCUUUACAUAAGGCUGCAGAACAGGGGCAUGAAGAGGUGUGUCAGCUGCUUCUUGAGCGAUGUCCAGCACUCUGCAGCCAGGUGAACAAGAGGAUGCAGCUUCCCUACCAGCUGGCACAGCAGGGAGGCCUACAGGAGCUCUUAAAACCCCCUCGAUGAUGACAGACACACUGCAAUAGGGGCAUGCUGUGUUUCUAAGAUCACAAAAAUGACACACACUGAAAAGAUGCUAGGUGAUGUCUGUUUAAGUCAGGAUUACACUCAUCUUGACCUGGAUUCACCACAUGGGGGCAGGAAGAGCCACUAAAUGUAACAAAGUAAACAUGACGUUGCUUUUUCUGGCUUCAUUUGAUUAACACCAUCAUGUUUUAGUUUUCCAGUAUACCGCUUUUGUAAUAAUUACAUCUCGUAAGCUACAGAAAAGUGUAGUUUUUGAUACUGCUGUCACAUAACACCAGUGUGCAACAGCUGUCAAUGCUGCGCUCCUGUUAGGGAACAAAUGACUAAUAAUUUAGAUAAAUGAGUCAGUGAUGGAAACUCUUCGCACAUCUACCUUUGUGUUAUGGGAAGGUACAAAUGAGAUGUUGGAAUUGGGUGCUGACUGUUGACAAGCGAUAAAGAAGUGGACAGAUGUGACUAAUCAGCAGGAACAAUCACAUGAAUGUUUUCACCUCAUCAUGUGAUGUGACUGAAUACUCAGGUAUUGAUAAUUUGAAGGUGUACUAGACUUAAAUGUGAAUUUGUUGAUAAUUUCAUUGUGGUAAAAUUCCUUUAAUACAAGAGUAGAGCGUGCAUACGAUUUAACUACUGACACAGGCAGACAGGGACAGCAUUUGAGUUUAAAAGGCUGAUGUUUCUCUGAAAUGGUUGCACUCAAAGGCACUAUGUGAAGAAUUUGAAAUAAGCUGACAUUAAAAGAGCAGGAAGCAAAAACAAUAAUGCCAUCACAAUGCUGUGAAAGACGCAAUCAUGACAUAUAAAUUUUGCACAAAGUGCAACAUUUUGAGUCAGAAAGCUCCUAGUGCAUCUUAGAAGCUCUGUUUAAGUGGUGCAGGGUGAUGGGUUGGAGGCACAUACUGAAUUUAUGCCCUGCACUGCAGCAUUAAUGGUUGUUUUCUCUGAACAUGUGAUAUGUUUGAUACGACAGUUUGUAUUAAAGCUGGAGGCCAGCA